CUUUCACUUUUAGAAAAAACAAAUGGACGAAGUUACAUCAAAAAAGUUUUCAUUCGUUUUCAUUCAUUUUAAUUUAAUGUUUGCUCUGAAUUGAAGAGUGGUUAAUUUUGAGGGUUUGAAAAAAUUGAUCACAUAAAAUCUCAAACAGUGAAACACCUGGCAAAGAUAUACAAUUUGAAAAUUCUAAGAGAGACAUGUUUUGUCAUCAAAAUCUCAUCUUCUGGAGUUGUAACAUCAGUCUUGGAACUUUUUGACGAACAUACAGCAGAUAGAGUUCUAUUUGCCUCAGUAGUGGGAGGUUGGAUAAUAUAAGGUUACAAUUGUUGCAUUUUCCAUAAUAAUUGUAAAAAGACCACAGCAGUACCCCUGCUGGUGACGGAUAGAUCGUGCAGUGUGUGAUGUUAUUAUCACUGCAUACAUAGGAAACAGUAAAAUCAUCUUUCUCCUGAACUAAGUUAAAAUGUAGGUAGGGCCCAGCUACAGGCAGGUAUUUAUUACCCCAUACUGCAAUAUAGUUACACAUUUAAAAGUGAAAGUAAAAAGAGGUGUAGUUUAGUUAGAAAGUGACCUGAUUAAAACGACUGAUUACUUCAAUCAUCACUUGUACUUUCCUCAUUGUCUUUUUCUCAGAGUUGGUCUACGUCCAAGCUGCAAUCAGGAAGUUUUUAACACAACUUCCCCCACUAACAAGUCAGGCAGGUGAGUCUGGAAAACAAAGCUUGAGUGCAUUACUUUCCCCUAUAAGAGCUUCAGCUGGUCCGUGGAAAGAUUGUCUCUCUGUUGUGCGAAAAACAUUUGUAAUUGUACCUGCCCUACAGGUACAAUUGCAAACAUAUUGUCAAAGUUAAAGUUCCAACCUAGUGAAGUCAAGUAACACAUGGGUUCAUAUAUUCAUAUUUAUAUCUUUAAUAUGUGCAAAGAUUAAUGUACUUCUGUUCAAAGUCUCUGCUGUGGUUUGUUCGUGACGAGCUAUAGCAUUUGUGGAGACUAGAAAUCACGAGUAUCAACCUGAGUGACUCAUCUUCUCCUCACAGCAUCUUUAGUUUGAUUCCUCUUUUUUUGUGAGACUUUACUGGAAAUCUUUUACUGGACAAUCAUCUAUAUAAAAGAUCAGACAGAAGUGUAUUGACAAAAUCCAGGCUUCCAAUCUUUCUUUUACUUCACAAAAUUAAUUUAAAAUUUUCUUCAUGUUAACCGCUGUUUAUGAUAUUACAUAGAACAGACCAUAGGGGGUGCUGUUGCGUCACUAGAACAGCUGCUGCACAGUACCAGGAAGGGAAGCUCUCACACGUCGUACUUUUUAUCGUUAUUAUUCAUUUCCUUCUGUGUAUCUUCUGAAUAUGCCAACUGACAAAUCUUUUGCCACAUUUUUCAAGGUCACUCCAAACCGUCAUUCUCGGACGAACCCUUGCCUCUGUCUUAUCUAUACUUUCAGCUUUUGUACAUGGAUGGUUGACUGCCAAAGUUGCCAUAAUGAUAAAUGAUUCCCAUGUAUUCUGAAUAUCACAUAUGUGGCCUAUUUCUGUUUAUAGAGCUGCUGUAUCUUACCCUUACCAUAUUUGUCCAACUUGGGAAGUGCUACCCGCCCUUGUUGUACGUUCACUUAUGAGUGGCGAACAUGGUUAACCAGUGAUAGUUGAAAAAACAGUUUCUACAUUUCCACGCAUAAAAGUACAUGUUAAAGGAUGUACAUUAUAUUAUUUUACAUUUUACAAAUACGAAAAUAAAUCUUACUGACAAUAACUAAGUUAUUCCUCCUCGUUCUAAACAUCAUACUCUGGACCUUGAGGAAACGUUUUUCAGCACUGGGGUGCCCACUUUGUUCCAGUACAUGGUGGCCCCCCGGGGUUUAUUUUCCAUAGCCCUCCUUCUCAUUUAACACGCCCCUUUAUAACGGUGACAGAAGAGGCAGAUGAGGUGAUCCUUCUCCUCCUUCUCCUGCUGCAGCUGAUCGCCGCCCGAUGCUGUUCCAAGGCCUGCGCUGCGUAAACGCGGACGAGCCUGCGUCGCAUCGGUGGCCGCCUCGGCUUCAGCAUCCUCGCUCCACCUAACCAGUCCCUUUCCAGUGCGUAAAGGCUCAUUCGAGCCGCGACUCCCCAUGUUUGUUGGCAAUGGGAGAAGAGAGGAAGAGGAAGGGAGUUCCUCCGCUGUCCCUGGAACUACAGCUGUGAGGGGGUUGUGUGCUGAGGCUCUGUGGAAAGAGAGAUGUUGCGUGGAACUGCCGCAGCUGUCGUGAUCCUACAGAAAGUGGAAGCACAGACGGAUACGUUUUGUGAUGAACACUUGUAACAUGGAGGACAGGAAGAAAAGGAAGAAAUGUUAAUGGAUGUUUGUUUUUGUUUUUUUAAAGUUAUGCACCCACUUGGACUCAUGUGAACCGGUGCGUCUGAGCGGAAAUCACUCAUAUCUUGUCUUUGUUCGACUGCUGGAUGUUGGUGCUGAUCCGUUCAGGAAUCCUGGCAGGAAUCAUGACUGUGGAUUGAUGUGGGAGUUCGCAGUGGCUUCAUGGCAAACACAAGUGAGUUGGGGGAGAGCAGCGCGUCCCUACAUAACUAUGCGUCCGCGUCCGCGGCCUCUGCGGUCAAGCUGACCUCCCUGGGUCUGAUCACCGGCGUCAGCCUGCUGGGCAACGCGUCGCUGUCGCUGCUGCUGAUCAGGGACAACUCUCUACACAAGGCUCCUUACUAUUUCCUGCUGGACCUGUGCGUGUCGGACGUGCUGCGCUGCACCGUUUGCUUCCCCUUCGUGAUGGCAUCGAUCGUCGGCGGCUCCGUGUGGCCGUACAGUGCUGUGAGCUGCAAGAUCGUCGCCUUCGUCUCCGUGCUCCUCUGCUUUCACGUCGCCUUCCUGCUCUUCUGUGUCAGCGUCAGCCGCUACAUGGCCAUCGCCCACCACCGCUUCUACUCGAAGCGGAUGAACCUGUGCACCUCCGUGGCUGUUAUCUGUAUGGUAUGGACCCUCUCCGUGGCCAUAGCCUUUCCGCCGGUGUUCGACGUGGGCACCUACAAGUUCAUCCACGAGGAGGAGCAGUGCAUUUUCGAACACCGCUACGUGAAGGCGAACGACACGCUGGGCUUCAUGCUCAUGCUGGUCGUGAUCGUGGGUACCACGCAUGUUGUUUACAUUAAGAUGCUGUGUUUUGUGUACGAUCACAGGAAAAUGAAGCCGGCGCAGUUGGUCCCGGCCAUCAGCCAGAACUGGACCUUCCACGGGCCCGGGGCCACAGGACAGGCCGCCGCCAACUGGAUCGCCGGUUUCGGCCGUGGCCCCACGCCGCCCACUCUGGUGGGCAUCAGGCAAGUGUCCCACCCGGGGAACAGGAGGCUGCUGGUGUUGGAUGAGUUUAAGAUGGAAAAGCGCAUUGGGAAGAUGUUCUACAUGAUCACACUGACUUUUCUUAUCAUGUGGGCUCCGUACAUAAGCACCUGUUUCCUAAGGAUAUUCGGGCACGGGGCCCCGGUCCCCCAGCUUUACCUCACCGCUGCGGUGUGGAUGAGCUUCGCCCAGGCUGGAGCCAACCCCAUCAUCAGCUUCCUGUUCAACAGGGAGCUGCGGCUCAGACUCAGAGCCUGUUUCCUCUGCCGUCUCGGGACGCAGACUCCAGUGGAGCCUUAUUGUGUCAUUUGAACCCCAGCUGUCAGGACACUGCCAAAAACCCACGAUGUUUCAGAAUGUGCAGCCUGUCUGAUGUUGUGGAGGCUGAGCCCACUUCAGAUCAAGACUUUAUCAUUUUUUAAACAUGUUCCUAAACCUCAGCCAGGACACAAAUCUACUGUACAUUUCCUGAACUCUUAAUUUUAAGUUGUGCUGCUGAAGAACAAGCAGAACCAAAAACACAGUCAAUCACCCAGAUAAAGGACAUACAGUUAUUAUUUAUUGAUUAUUAUUAGUACUGUAUUUUCUGCCCUGGUGGCCAGGUAUCAUAACAACAACGUCUUUUAUUUACAACUCUGCAUGCAUUCUAGGGAAAAUCUAUGACCGAUAUGGUCAACCACUGUUUACAUUUAAUAUACAGUAGGUGCAUUUUUUCUCUCUGUGUUAUUUAACAUUCAAUAUUUCUUAGAUGCUGAGUUUAAAUGUGUGUCUAAGCCAAAAUAUGUGGUGGGUUUUGGGACUCUGAAAUAUAAAUAUUGACAGCUUUUCCAGCACUACACCUCGUGGUCCUUAUUUUAUUGUUUUUCAAGGUCAAACUUUAAUUAAACUAUUAUUCCACUAUUAUCUAAAGAGAAGGGGAUUUUUUUCAUUCUAAUAUGAAAAAUCUACCACUAAUGAAAAUAGAACUGGUCCCAAUUAAAGGCUAUUGUAGUUGACACUAAGGUUACACAUUGUCAUUUGGCCUACAUCCUAUUUUUCUAGACCAGGGGUGUCAAACUCAGGGGCCACAUGUACACCAGUACAAUCAUAACAUAAGUACCUAUAAAUAACAACAGGUCUUCUUGUCAUGUGAAGAAGUCCAAGGUUUAUAAAAAAAAAAACUUAUUCAAAUCAUAUUUAAUGAAAUGUCAUUUUACAAAACAUAAUGAACAUGAAG